CUUAGUCGGACAGUCUGUGUUUGACUGGACCCGAGAAGUGUGCGUGUAUGUGUGUGUCCAUGUUCCUGUAAAAGAAAUUAAGCAAGAGAGAACCAUGAAGCAACACUGCGCUCUUAAACAUGGCAUUUUGAAAGAGUUCUUGGCGGAGUUCCUUGGAACGUUUGUGUUAGUGUUGUUUGGCUGUGGAUCUGUGGCUCAGACAGUCUUGAGCAGGAAUACGCUGGGCGAAUCUCUCACUAUUCACAUUGGCUUCACUACCGGACUAAUGAUGGGUGUCUAUGUAGCUGGUGGAGUUUCAGGAGGCCAUUUGAAUCCAGCUGUUUCUUUGGCCAUGGUCGUACUGGGUAAACUGAAGAUCUGGAAGUUUCCCAUUUAUGUCAUAGCACAGUUUUUGGGUGCCUUUGCUGGAGCAGCUGGGGUUUUUGGACUAUAUUAUGAUGCCUUUAUGGAUUUUACUAGUGGAAUUCUGUCAGUGACUGGCAUCAAUGCUACUGGACACAUUUUUGCUUCUUAUCCUGGACGACAUCUCACAGUACUUGGAGGAUUCAUUGAUCAGGUGAUUGGAACAGGUAUGCUGGUGCUCUGUAUUCUGGCCAUAACUGACAGCAAGAAUAUAGGAGCACCUAAAGGAAUGGAGCCUCUGGCCAUUGGCCUGGUCAUCCUGGGCAUUAGCGUCUCUAUGGGGAUGAACUGUGGAUACCCACUGAACCCUGCCAGGGACCUGGGGCCCAGACUCUUCACUGCUGUGGCUGGUUGGGGCAUGGAGGUGUUCAGCACUGCUGAAUACUGGUGGUGGAUCCCGGUGGCUGGUCCAUUGAUAGGGGGAAUCACAGGAGCUGUGGUGUACUUCCUUCUGAUCGAGCUCCAUCACUCCAACCACACAGAGAAAACCAACCAGGAGCCAGAAGAAGAAGAGGAGGAUGAAGAGGAAGAGGACAGCAGCCUGAAGGACAAAUACGAAAUGAUCACCAUGAGCUAAAAAGAUAACAACUGACCAUGAACUGGAUCAAAAUUUCUCACACCCAGAGGAGCUUAUGCUUAUGAAAUAAAGAAAAUUGCACUUUUGUGUAUAGCUCACAGGCUAUCAGUAUAGUUUUCUGCUCUCGCUUCUUUCUCCAUCGCAGACAUUUGUUUAAUUGUCAGGAAAUAAGCAGAUAGGAUUAUACUGAGUUCUCUUUUAUUAAACAGACUUUAUUACUGUUCAGGAAAACGUCUCUACAUGAACCUCCCUUUUGGGAAUGCAUUUGUUAUGAGCUCAGCUGGGGAUCAAAGCAUCAUGAGAAAUUAUAAAGAAAAUUUCCAGGACAAACAGUGUCUUUUCAUGAGGACAUUGUACAUUUCCAUUGUACGAACUGUACUCAUCCUUUUGCAAAAUGUAUUGGCCAUGCUAAAAUGCACAAAACCUACAAAAAUAAUGUGCCACUAGAGGAAUAUUUUAAGCAAUAUUUAAUGGAAAAAUGCUUGUUGUUGAUGGAUUAUUUAUACAGUGUUUGUGUAUUUAUCCUUAAAAUGAUGUUUUUAGGUUUUGUCAGUCUAAUAGUACACUAAAAAAAAGAAUUAUUCAUUAAAACGGUAAUGCCUAAAACUUACAUUUAAAAAGUAUGAAAAAAUAGUACAGUGUAAUGGUAGUAUGGGAUGCUACAUAGUAACAAGAAAUGAAAGAUCUUGGCAGUCUAUGUUUCUUUAAAAUGCCCUUAUAAAUUUCUGCCAUUAAUGAUCAAUUAUAGAGAAAAUACACUUUUGUAAAGAAGCUUCUCCUGUUUAACUAUUUGUGUAAAUGGUUCAUUUUGCUGAAAUAAAUGUCUAAACUUUUA